AUGGACGGAUCGGGAUCCAAGGAAGUCGUCGGCAAUGGGCGCUUCCCAGCAGAAGUCUCCUUAACAGUCAUUGUCGCAGCAGCACUGCCAUCGGGACCGCCAACGGGACCGCCAACAGUGCCGGCUGUUCCCCCCUCGCCCUCGCCCUCGCCGUCAACCUCGACUGCCGUCAUCCGCUUUGGCAUCAAUGACCAGCCUACCGAUCGCAUAUUUUCCGUCAAUGAGAGUCCCGAUAGAGUCUUCACAUACCGUGCCGCCAACAACACCGUCAAGCUGCAGAGGGUCAGCUGGCACUUCAAGAAGGAUGAGACGAGCAGCUACACCGAGAUCGACGGGGUGCGCAUACCUCUCGGAUUGUUGCCGGCAGGCUCACAUUACUUCCGCAAUGUCGAGCCCGACAGGGUGACGUUAGUGUUCGAUUCGCUGAGGCGGCAAACCAACCCUUCCAGUCAAGGAACUGCCGAGCAGGUGGAAGACGCCGGCGACGGCCAAGCACUCGGCAAAGAGAUGGUCCUACGCAUCGACUGGCUGUGCGGGAAUGUCAUGGGUCGUUCGCAAUCCGGCAUCUUCACCGUCACCGAAGGCGUACAUCCGUUCGAUCCAAACCUAACAUCAGCCGUCGAAAGGUGGCUACGUAGUGGCAACGGCUUGGCUGGCGUCGACACCAUCCUGGACCCCGCAAUUUCAACCGCCGAAGCGCCUGCCGCCAGCUCUUCUGCUCUCGGUUCAGUCCCAAGCGGGAAUCCCGACCACGGGCCUUCCGUCUCGCCCGAGGGCAGCACAAAGAACGCCGGCGGCGGCGGCCUUGCCACGGGCGCCAUCGUCGGCAUUGUCUUGGGAGGUGCCAUCGCCUUGAUCCUCAUCGCCGCCCUCGUCUUCAUGCUGCUUCGUCGUCGUCGUCGUCGUCAUCGUCGUCAACACGCCGACACCGCGGCCGAUGCGCUCAAGCAUGACAAGGAGAUGCACACGGCGCCCGCCGUCGACUCGCCGAGAUUGCCCUACUCGGAACAUGAUCACACGCCGCACGACGGCUCCGUCGCCCCGGAGGACGGCGCCAUCUUGGCACCGCACCGCGUCGAGCGUGGUGGUCACCUGCCGACGCCGACGGCGCAUAACGCAGCCCAUGGUGUAUCCCGCACCGUCGCUCACCUGGUCGAGGAGGGAAUGACGCCGGAAGAGAUCAGGCGUCUGGAGGAGGAGGAACGGCAUCUGGAUGACGAGAUUGAGCGCUCCGCGAGGAGGUAG